AUGAGGGAGGUCAAUUUCAGCAUUCCGAAUGCCAACAAGGCCUCGGUCGGUAUCACCACCGCCCUCUACGAUCGUCGCGCCCUCGACUGCACCUCGACCCUGCCGCUCAUCAACUCGCUCAACCAUCUCGCGUACCUGACUGCGUCCUCGGCCCGGAUACGAGAUAUCCUCACCGUCGAUGGCGGCAUCGAGCGGCUGAUAUGCAUACUGAAGGACGGCAGGAGCAAGGACAUGAUGGACAUGUGGAAGUGGAACCUCGCAUUCCAAUGCAUCUUCAAUAUUGGCGUGCGUGGCUCCGAGAACGUCAGAACUAGAGUGGUGGAGGCGGACAUGGUGCCCGUAAUUGCAACCAUUCUAGACAACUACAUCAAGGUUGUGGACAAAUGCAGGGAGCGGGCAGAAGCUGAGCUGCGUAAAACCACCCGUCUUGGCGGCUCAAGCAGACACCACUCAUCACGUUCAGGCGAGGUAGCUUCCAGCUCCAGCCAUAGAGCUGAGCGGACGAGGCGUGCAAUACCCCCUCCGAUCGAGAUUCCACAGACCUUCACCCAGACGCCUUUGGAAUCGCAGGCUGGAGACACCACCCCCACCCCGGCCUUCUCACUGAGCUCACCGCCUGAACGAACAUCAUUCGCCCGCCCCCAUCAUCAUCAUCAUCAUCAUCAUCAUCACCGCAGCCAAGAAGGCAGGGCUCACCUGUUUGGAACCGUUGGCGGCACAACUCGCAAUAUCGGGCAGCCGAUGGUCUCAGCAUUGCCGGCCAUGGAGACCACAACCACAUUUGCGCUGAGGCCCGUGCGAGAUGUUGAUCGACUUCCCUCAAUGCUUCCUGCGUUGCAGGGGGAAAUCACUUCCCAACCCGAAUCUCCAACCACGCCAAACGCUCCACACGGCCGGCAGACCAGCCCCCGGCCAGGUGCCGGACGAUCACGACGCCGCCCGUCCAUUCGCCAUCAACUUUCUCUGUCUGGGGAGUCUGACAUUGAUGGCCACCACGAGGAGAUGGCUGCCGAAGCCACAAACGCCGGUGCGGCUGUUAAUGAGCCCAUUGUCGGAAUACAAAACGAGAUUAAUAUGUCUGACAUGGUGGAUAAUGCGGAGAUGCUCGAUGCUGGAGCUACCCCAGUCGCCCUCGCAGCUCCACCAUCAGAGGGGGCUGAUGAAAGCCACGAGACGUUCAACAUCACCCACCGCCCCGCCCUGGAUGGAAGCCUCAUUAAUCCCGCCAAUACUCAGACCACUGGUCCCAUUGGUGGUUUCUCUCCCGUGCAACCAGCCAUCAACGUGGUUAAUACUAAUCCCCCUCCACCGUGGUACCCCCGCUACUCCCAGGAUCGUAAUGCCACUGCUGGCGUACUCGCUGCAAUGCCUCGAGAUGAGGACGUCCUCAUGUCCCUCCAGCUCCUCGCGUACGUGUCGAAAUACUGCAACCUCCGCUCGUACUUCCAAAAAUCUCACCUCGUCCCAAAACUCAAGAUCGGUUCAGACCUACAGUUACUUGACGGAGAGGUAGCGAGCCCAUCUCCUGUAUUGGACGAAGAAGAAGACGAGGAAUACCUCCUUCCGGAUGAUUUCAACAUCUUCCCGCUUGUCGAAAAGUUCACCGUCCGACAUCACACUUCAGACAUGCAGUAUUGGGCAAGCGUAGUGAUGCGAAACCUGUGUCGGAAAGAUGACUCAAGAGGUGGCAUUCGACAAUGCGCGUAUUACCACAAAGAGUGUCAAAAGAGCGCCUGGGUCUUCCACCGGCACUGGUGUGUGGCAGCAAACUAG